AAUAUUUUCUUCUGACAGGUAACCAAUGGAUAUUGAAAAUUGUUUGAUCAAUAGUCUUUCUGGAUACCGCUACAACAGUCGGGCGAAACGAAAAAUAAUUGUUGUAACAGUCUUAUAGAACAUCGUACGAAUUCAUCAUUCAAAAAUUGCUGUCAUCGGUAAAGAAAACAAUGCCAGCUAUAGUCAUUAAAGGUUAUACUUGGAGACAGACACCGGAAUCUGUAAUUCUAACCGUACCUUUGAGUGGUAAUCCAAAGAAGGUGGACCUGUUUGUAAUUGAUAAUUACGUGAAGGUCAGUUUUCCCCCUUUCAUAUUGGAGUUGUUUCUAUGGGCCGAUGUGGUCGAAAAGCGAAGUAAAUGCACCAUUACCGAUCGAGAAGCGAUACUUUCUUUACAGAAAACAAAAAUUAGCCAAGAGUGGCCCACUCUUGAAGUAGAAAAUAUUGACAAUGAAAUUAAGAGAACAUAUCGCAACGAAGCUUUAGAACGUGCUCAAGUAGAGGCCGAAGAACUCGCGAAAACCAAACAGGAAAAGCGUCAAUAUUUGCAAAGAGAGGCGGUUAAAGAACAAAUCAACAUUAGUACAGCCACGUUGAACAAAAUUGAUGCGACGAGGAAUGCCCACAGAAAGGAAGCCAUGCGGGAAUUUGACGAUUGGAGGGUGAAGGCUGAAUUACCGUUUCUCUCGGAAGUCGAAGGCGAAGUACAAGAAAAUAGGAAGGCUUACAAGCCACCGUUAAAAUGGUUCAAAGAUGACAAUACAUUAAAGUCUCAACCGUUGACUGAUGACGAAAUAUUCGGCACCGAUACAAUUAAGAGAGCACUCGAGGAUAAAGCACCGGAAGUUGAACGAGAAAAGACAAACGCGAGCAUUGAAAAUAUCGAACAGAAAACGACGGAUAAUAAAGAAUCCGUUUGUAACGUCUUGGAUGGUUCGAGCGAUUCGGAAGACUCUGAAUCGGAUGAUCAAUCGAAAUCGUCUUGUUCUAUUAAGGAAAUAAAUGAAAAGAAAUUGCGUAAGUUCCUCGAGAACAGGACGAAAUCGAGGCCUGGACUGGAGUCCGUGAAAGCCGCGAUAAAUGGCAAGUUCGUAAAAAGGAAUAGCAUAUUCGAAGAACCGUCGAAGUCGGUACCAUUACCACGGAAGAAAGGUACCAUCGGCGUCACAUUUUCAGACCGGAAGUUCCCCACUCCUGCUAGGGAAAGUUCUCGCGUCGAGGAGGAAGAAUGGUUGAAAAAUCAAGCGGAAGCGAGACGCAAGACAGGAUUCGACUCGGCGGAUCUGCGACCGGAAGAGCGAGACCCACAGUGGUUGCAAAACAAAGGAGAUGAAUUCUACAAGGAUGGAAACUACAUGGCAGCGAUUAGCGCCUAUAGUUUCGGCAUUAAGAUCAGCGAUAAGUUAGCGUCGCUUUACGUGAACCGAUCAGCCGCCCACUACGCGCUGGAAAAUUAUUGCAGAUGCAUAGAGGACUGUUCGAAAGCACUGGAACUAAUGGAGCCGAAAUGCGAAAGCAAUCGAGAGUUGAGAGCCUGGUGUCACGCUCGACGAGGCGCGGCACUCUGUAAAUUGUCCUCACCUCAGCAUGGCAUUCCCGAGCUCAAAGUUGCCCUGGAAUUGGCACCGGACAAUGAAAGGAUAAAACGCGACGUACUAGUUGCAAAACAAUACUUCGACAUAAAGGAUUAAGAGGCAAGUAGUAGGUAGACUAGAUCUUAAAUUAAUCGUGAGCCGGAUGGUAAGCUUCGUCCUCGUUUGGAUGGAGGUACAGAAUAAAAUGCAACGUUACCCCCAAAAAAAGAAAAAACAUUGAUCGUUUAUUAAGUUUAUAUAUUAAAAAGAAAACAAUAUAUUACGUUAGUAAAAUAUCACAGUCGGGAAACCUGAAAGGGCGUUAGAACAAGGAACUUGUCUUACAUUUAUCUUGACGUCUUACUGCUAAUUAAACGAACUUUUUGUACACGUUAAUCCGAACGGGACACUAAUCGUUAACUACUUGGCGAUACUCGGAUUGGCUGGCGGAUAGAAUCAGUCGAAUUUGAUCAGUUUCUUAUCGACGCAUCCGCACUUCGUGUGCUCCAACGCGUGUAUCACUUCAUGAUGUCUGUCCCGUUGCCGAUCGAUCGUGUGCUUCACCGUGAAGACGAGGCUAACGUUCCUGGUCUCGAUAGGCGCGCAAAUCUGUUUCGGAUCGGGGCAACACCCGGCACCGUUGCAACGCGUGAGAACCGUAGAAGCUGGAUAGAAUACUUCAUCGGGACUCGGACCAACGGUUAAAAGCUCCUCUACUGGCACCGCUCUCGGCUGAGGCAUAGAACACCGAAACUCGUGCACCAAUUGCACGUGAUUCAGAAAUCCGCUGUCCCUGUACAAUUCGGAAACAACUGUCAUUGUCCGUCAAAAUCCUACGAUCCGGAAAUCGCGUGAUUCAAUGAAAAUUACCUGUGAUGCCUGGCGAUCAUGGGAAAGGCAAGUUGUACGCAGAACACCAACAAUAUAAAACUUCUCAUUUUUAGGUCAGUACCGCCGCCCGAUGUGUCACCCUCGAAUCAAAUACAGAAUCGAAGAAGCUAUUUCCGUCUAUGGUGUUCCGUUCACUCCGAUAGAUUGUCCGCGAUUGUCCUGAACCGGCCGCUGCGACUUCUCUCUUCUGCGAUCUGAAUUCUUUCUCCCUCUAUAUAUAUGUAACUUUCAUCCUCGGCCCGGUGCCCCCUUCCUCCCCUCUUUCUCUGAUUUCUCUUUGUCUCUCCUCUUCCGAUCUGCUCCGCGCCGUAUCGUUUUGUCCUGUCCUCGGACCGAUUCGCGGCGUCUCCCUCUUAGUUCCCGGUAAACUCGGAGGAGGGAUCGAAGCAAAGCGUUCCGAGAACAUCACGGAGAUAACUAUAA